AGAACGAGUCCCAGGUGGCAGAAGUGGCACAAAGUGCACCUGCGGUCUCAUUUGACAAGAUUGAAAUUAAGACUGAAGAACAAAAGGCUCCAGUACCACUGAUGAACAAGACUGAAGGGCAAAAUGAUGCAUCGAGUAAAAGGAUUGAAGUCAUAAGUAGAAGGAGGAGAAGAAAGAACAAGAAAAACAGAGGAACUUCAUUUGAUCCAAAUACUCAGGUUUCAAGUAGCGAAGUCCCCAAGAACAACAGAACGACUUCAUUUGAUCAAAAGACUCAAGUUUCAAGUAGCGAGAUGGUGCAGGCUGAAGACAAGAAAAUAAUAAUAAAAGGAGGAUGUGAUUUUAGUACAAGAGGGAGGUGGGUGUAUGAUAAGAGCUAUCCCUUGUACACAAAUCGUUCAUGUCCUUUCAUAUUUGAAGGUUUUGACUGUCAAGGAAAUGGGAGAUCAGAUAAAGACUACAUGAGUUGGAGGUGGCAACCACAAGAUUGUGACAUUCCAAGGUUCAAUGCAACAAAAAUGCUGGAACUGUUGAGAGGGAAAAGGCUACUUUAUGUGGGCGAUUCCAUCAAUAGGAAUCAAUUUGAAUCCAUGGUGUGCAUGUUAGUGGGAGAUAUAAAAGAUCCAAAUAGGCCCAGAAUCAAACAUGAAAAGGGGAUGUAUAGUUUCAGCUUUGUGGAUUACAAGUGUAAAGUUGAAUUUUCCCCAUCUGUUUUCUUGGUUGAUAAAAGCAUGAAAAGAGUAGGGAAGAAGCAGGUCCCAACCUUGCGAAUAGAUUCCAUUGAUCGCAUUUCAUAUCAUUGGAGAGGAGCUGAUAUUGUGAUAUUCGACACUGAACAUUGGUGGACCGAUCAAAAAACUAAUGCUGGGGUUAAUUUCUACCAGGAAGGGGACCAAAUUCAUCCAUAUCUUGAUGUUUAUACAGCCCUCAGAAAAGGUAUGAUGACCUGGGCAUCAUGGGUUGAUAAACACACCGAUCCACGCAAAACCCAAGUUUUCUUUCGAACUUCAUCGCCAACACAUUUCAGUGGAGGUGAAUGGAAAUCACGCCGGAGUUGUAUAGGAGCUACUGAACCCCUCAUCCGAGAUUCAGGAAUUGCAAACGAGAAAGAUAGAAUUGCAGUGGAGGUUAUAAAGCAGAUGAAAACUCGCGUGACUUUGUUGAACAUAACAAGCAUGUCAGAGUAUAGAAUAGAUGCUCAUCCAUCAGGCAUUCUAGAUUGUAGUCAUUGGUGUCUUCCUGGUCUUCCUGAUAUCUGGAAUGAAUUGUUGUAUCAUCAUUUGCUCACUAACUGACCAACCAAGACACACAAAUUCUUUUCGC